CUAAUACACACACACGUGUCUACCCGUUUUUCACCGUAAUAUAGUCUAGCAUCAGCGAAUCGAGGGAAGAAACAGCGAGCUUUUCUUCUUCUUCUCAUUUCUCUGUGAUUGCGCAGCCAUGGCGAUGAACAAUGGACUGAAAUCAGUCUCCAAGCUAUUGACCUCUUCUCAAUCUCUUUUGUUGAAAUCAGCAAAUAGAGGGUUCCAUUCAACUGGAGUGAAGAGGAUGGGAGGAGGACAUGGUCAUGGCCAUGAUGAACCAUACUACCUUCAUGCCAAACACAUGUACAACCUGGACAGGAUGAAACAUCAGGGGCUGAAGAUGUCUCUUGCUGUUUUCACGGCCUUCAGCAUUGGUGUCGUUGUUCCUGUCUAUGCUGUCAUUUUCCAGCAAAAGAAGACUGCAUCUGCUUAAACCAUGAUGAAUUGCCUCACCGCAAAAUAAUAGAAACAGCUCCUGAAUGCUUUCCUAGUAAAUUGUUGGAACAGUUCAAUUGGAUGACACUCAACAGUUUGAUAUUUUUGGAACUUCUGGCUGUUUAUUUUCACUGUUUAUAAAUGGAAGUUAGGAUUUUCUAUUGCAUUUGAUAAAAUAAUACUUGAUGCACCAA